AUGACGAUGGGUACAGAAUAUGAAAAAAAAAUCGCUGAACUUGUAAAAAAAAUUAAGAAUUUUCCAAAUUUUCCUAAACAAGGAAUUUUAUUUUGGGAUAUUUUCUCAGCAAUAUCAGAUGGCGCAGCAUGUAAACUAUUACAAGGACUCUUAAUUGAGACAAUACGUUACAAAUAUCCUGAUGUGGAAGCUGUGGUUGGGCUGGAGUCAAGAGGCUUUCUCUUUUCAUUCUCUAUAGCAGCAGAGAUGGGAAUAGGAUGCCUACCAGUACGGAAGAAAGGAAAACUGCCUGGAGAAGUUAUAUCAUAUAAAUAUGAUUUAGAGUAUGGAUCGGACACAUUGGAGAUCCAGAAAAAUUCUAUGAAACCUGGACUAAAAUGUGUUAUUAUUGAUGAUUUAAUAGCUACGGGUGGUUCUCUGAAUGCAGCUAUACAAUUGUUACAAAAUAGUGGAGCCGAGGUCCUUGGUUGUCUGGUAAUAAUCGAACUAGAAUCGUUAAAUGGACGUAAGAACAUACCAAAAAAUAUACCUGUUCAUUCCAUGAUCAAAUAUGAUUAA